AUGCCCGAAUGGGGACCCGCGGAGGAGGAGUUCGUGGACGCUGCAUGCCUUCAGCGCUACCUGAGGGCGCGGGGGAAGGACGUGGGGAAGGCGUCGGCGAUGCUCAAGCACACCUUGGAGUGGCGCCGGGAGUUUGGCGUAGACAAGCUGCGCCUGUCGGACUAUGACAGCUUCCUGGCGGAGGGCUGGAUCUACCUUCUGGGCAACGACGACGCCGGCCACAGCGUCAUGAUGCUGCGCAAGCGCGCGUCGCGCCUGGAGGACGACCGCCAAGAGAACUUCCUGGGUUUCCUGGUGCUGACCCUGGAGAGCAGCAUCCGCAUGAUGAAGCACGGGCAGGAGACCUGGACGUGGCUGCUCGACAUGAGCAACUACGACUCGCGCAACUCCCCGCGCUUCGACUUCACCGUGCGGGUGCUGCAGCUGGUCGCCAACCACUACCCGGAGCGCCUGAAUAAGGUGUUCAUCGUGGACGCGCCCACCCUGUUCUGGGUGCUCUUCAAGGCGCUAUGCCCCUUCCUUGACCCCGUGACCAAGGCCAAGGUCGAGUUUGUGCAGGCGAACGACGAGCUGCUGCUGUCGCUGGGCUGGCCCCAGUGA